AUGGAAAUACUCCAACCAGCUAUUCGUCCUAAUUACUGCCAACUUGGAACCCCAAUUCCCCUCUACGGCAACUUCUUCAAAUUCAAUCUAGCUGCAGGCACUGACAUCAUCCAGAAGUAUGCAGUCUUCUUCAAUCCUGACAUUGCAGCAUCCCUUGGAAAGCACCGUGAAAAAGUCCUCAGAAAAGCAAGUGCUCAGAUUGUCCCAGUCAUUGGAAAGUAUGUAUUUGCUAACACAGCAAUUUAUGCAGCCCAGUCAAACUCAGGAGGUGGAGAUGCAAGCCAAACUUAUACAGUGAACUAUGACAAUACAGAUUACACUAUUACUCUUCAACCUGUUGGACGGGUUGAAAGUCAAGAAGAAACAAGGCACUUCUACAAUAAAUUUUUUAACUCAGUGCAAGGAAAGCUCAGCUUAGUCAUGAUCGGCAGAAAGUUCUAUAACCCAGACCGAGCUAUUGACUUGCCUCAGCACAAGAUGAGCAUAUGGCCUGGGUAUGCAUCCUCUAUUGGAAGCUAUGAAGGCGGGGUCAUGAUCAAUAUCGAUAUCUCUCACAGAUGCUUGAGGACUAUCACCUUGUAUGACCAAAUCAUGGAACUCAGAAACAAGCCAAACACAGAUUUCAGACAAGCAGUCAUGAAGCUGUUAAUUGGCGCUAUUGUGCUGACCCUCUAUAAUAAGAAAAAUUACAGAAUUGACGAUAUCGACUGGGACUCAAGCCCUCUCAGUACCUUUGCAGACAAGGCAGGUGGACAAUGUUCUUAUAAAGAAUACUACGAAAGAAGGUGGCAAAAGCCAAUCGCUCAUGAUGACCAGCCACUCCUCCUGUCAAAAACCAAAACCUUAGAUUGCUACUUGAUUCCUGAAUUCUGCGUUAUGACGGGCCUGACUGACGAAAUCAGAGCUGACUUCAACAUCAUGAAGGAUAUGGCUAAUGCGACCAAAAAAGAGCCUCAAAGCAGACUUCAAGAGUCUGGCGGCCUCAUCAAAGCCCUCAAGGACAACCCUAGGACAAAUGCUGAAAUCAAUGAAUGGAGGGUCAACAUCACCCCAGACCCGGCCGGAUUUGAUGGCUACGUUUUGCCUGCAGGAAACAUCAUGAUGGGAGGUGGCAACUCUUUUAAGAUCAAUGAGCAAAACGGAAGCUUUGAUCGUGACGUGCAGAACACCUUAACUUAACUUAACUUAACUUAACUUGAGAUUAUUGAUAAGCUCCCUGUCGGGCCCGAAAGCCCUUAUUCCCUCCCGUAACGCUCCACUCGCGCUUGCUCGCCAACAGCCGUCUCACGGCCUUCAAAGUCUCGCUCCUACGGACAUGGGCCUGCACAUGCACUCCGCAGUUGGGAAGUUUGGGUCACCGUGCCGUACGCCUGACGAAGAUUGCCUGUCUCGAAAUUUCAAAAAAUGGAAUUUCUGACCGACUUUCGGCAAAAGGGAAAAACUUGUAGCCCAGGGCGAAACUCCUGGUUUCUCGCUAGGGAGUUGCCCGAUAGGCCUUAACAGGCUGGGCUUCCCUUUCCAACUUCAAGUCUCCCUUCCCUCGAGGUAAAAUCUAACUUGGAAAAAGGACUAGGGUUAGUUACCUAGCAUAGCUGUCCAUUUCUUCGCUAGCAAAACCUUGCCAGAUAUAAUUAAAAUAGGGCUCGAUACUGCUUGGCCGAGAGGCCAAGCCAAGUUGAGACGCCAUAUUUUAAUUAUGACGUGCAGAACACCAUGUUCCAGCAGCCUCCAUUAGACCGCUGGGGUAUAUUUUACUGCGAAAAUGAUAAAAGGCUUAUCGAUCAGUUCAUGACUGUAAUGCAACAAGUUAUUGGGACUUAUAAGGUAAACUGCCAAAAGCCAGCCAUGUUUGGAGUAAAAUCUGACAGGUGGAAUGACUGGGACCAAAAGCUCAAAGAAUCUCUAAACCCUCAGGUGCAGAUGAUAGUCUGUGUAUUACCAGGCCAAAGAGGAAAAUCGAGGCUUUAUGACGACCUUAAGCGCCUUACUUUUUCACAGCUUCCUGUCCCAAGCCAAUGCAUCUUAAACGGAACUUUGAAAAAAGACAAAGGCCUCAGAUCUGUAGUAAACAAAGUCAUGAUGCAGAUCAACGCCAAAGCAGGCGGGAUCCCAUGGGCGAUGCAAGGGCUGCCUCUUACAGACCAGCCUACAAUGAUAGUAGGAAUUGACGUCUUCACAAAGCGAGGCUCUCACAGUGUCCUUGGCUUCUGUGCCACAACUGACAGCAACUUUGGCCGCUACGUUUCUUGUCCUAAAGUCAACAACCCUGGCGAAGAGCCUGCUGCAAAAAUAGCUGAAUGCACUUACCAAGCUUUAAGCCAAUUUAAAGCAGAAAACGGAAUUUUCCCAAGAAGGGUCUGUGUCUUUAGAGACGGUGUUUCAGACUCCCAAAUCAAAGUCCUCCUCAAUGGCGAAAUUCCUCAAAUGAAGCAAGCUUUUAAAAGACUCAAAGAUGAAAACCCUCAAAUGGACGAGCCCAAACUCAUCUUUAUCGUUGUGAAUAAAAGAAUUAAUGCAAGAUUUUAUCACAACCAAGGAGGGAGGAUUAAUAAUCCACCUCUAGGUACAUGUAUUGAUAGAAUGGUAAUUGAUAAAAGCGGAUAUGACUUCUAUGUCAUGCCAGCCAAAGCAACUCAAGGCGCAAUGACUCCGACUUAUUUCACUGUUGUGUAUGAUAACUCGGGAGCUAGAGCUGAAGAAGUAGAACAAUUAGCGUAUAGACUGUGCUACUCGUAUUAUAAUUGGAGUGGAUCGAUUAGAGUUCCAGCUCCUUGUCAGUAUGCACAUAAGCUUGCUUAUCAGUAUGGAGAAAGAGCUAACCAGCAAGGUCCGCCUAUUCCUCAUCAGCAUUGGCAAAACACAAGGUCGUUAUACUUCUUAUAA